AAUGUACCAUGAAACGUCUUUUCUCCCGCAACCAUUCUCUCUGUUUUCGUUUUCUCUCUCUUCUUUAGAACGAACACAUACAGAGAGAGAGAGAGAGAGAGAGAGAGGGCGCGCGCGCGCGAGAGUCCAUAGUUACGUAACAUACACCCACUUCAGCAAAAUCUGCGAAAAAUACCCAAAGUAAGAGGGAGAGAGGGUGGGAAGAGAGACGAUCUGAGCCCUCUAAUGGCCUUUACCUCCUCUUAUUCUCCUGUAAUUCGCACCUCCAAUGUUCCCAAUCCAAUCCCAUCAAACAAGCUCAAAGCCUCACGGACCAGUUCAUUCCAACCCUUGAAUCGAGUCAGUGUUCAAUCAGUGGUUGGAAAUAUUCACCGCCAGCAAAAAUGGCCGGUAAAAAUGGUUAGUGCAGAAGUAAAGAGAAGUGAUUCAGUUGUUACAUUGGCAUCAACCGUAGGCACUUCUGAAGUCAAUGAUAAGAGAGAAACAGAGGAUUAUGAGAAAAUGGUAAAAGAGUUAGAAAAUGCUUCCCCUCUGCGAAUUAUAGACAAGGCCCUUGAAAAGUUUGGGAAUGACAUUGCCAUUGCUUUCAGUGGAGCCGAGGAUGUGGCAUUGAUUGAAUAUGCACGAUUGACAGGCCGGCCCUUCAGGGUCUUCAGCCUAGAUACAGGGAGACUGAAUCUAGAAACAUACCAAUUUUUUGAUACUGUUGAGAAGUGCUAUGGCAUUCACAUUGAGUACACAUUCCCUGAUGCUAUUGAGGUUCAAGAACUAGUAAGAAGCAAAGGGCUUUUCUCAUUUUACGAAGAUGGGCACCAAGAGUGCUGCAGAGUUAGGAAAGUUCUCCCCCUAAAGAAAGCCCUUACGGGUCUCAGAGCCUGGAUCACUGGGCAAAGGAAAGACCAGUCUCCAGGCACAAGGGCAGAUAUCCCGGUAGUUCAAGUGGACCCUUCUUUUGAAGGAGCUGACGGUGGGAUUGGAAGCUUGGUGAAGUGGAAUCCUGUGGCUAACAUCCAAGGCAGAGACAUUUGGAACUUUUUAAGAGCCAUGGAUGUACCGAUCAAUGCAUUGCAUUUGCGAGGGUACGUCUCGAUAGGAUGUGAGCCUUGUACAAGGGCAGUCCUGCCGGGGCAGCAUGAGAGGGAGGGAAGGUGGUGGUGGGAAGAUGGUAGGGCUAAGGAAUGUGGGCUCCACAAAGGAAACAUCAAGCAAGAAGAGGGGUCCCUAGUUAAUGGGAAUGGAAAUAGUGCUAUGCACAUAAAUGGAACAGCUACUGUUUAUGAUAUCUUUUGCCGUGAGAAUGUGAUUUCUUUGAGUAGAAGUGGGAUCGAGAACUUGGCAAAGUUGAAGAACCGAAGUGAACCGUGGGUGGUUGUGCUUUACGCAUCUUGGUGCCGCGUCUGUCAGGCAAUGGAAGGAUCAUACGUGGAGCUGGCGGAUACACUAGGGGGUAGUGGAGUCAAGGUGGGAAAGUUUCGGGCCGACGGUGAUCAGAGGGCAUUUGCAGAGAAAGAACUGCAGUUGGUAAGCUUCCCCACAAUACUCUUCUUCCCCAAACACUCUUCUAGGCCUGUCAAGUACCCCUCGGAGAAGGGAGACGUGGACUCAUUGAUGGCUUUUGUGAAUGCUUUCCGAUGAGGAGAUGGUAACGGCAUUUGAGAAAGUCAAAAUAGUCUUUAGGUAAAAUAAAGGUACAGGAGCUUAAAGCUUUCAUAGUUACAUAUACGAAGUACAUGCCCAGUUUCUUUCUUCUUUUUCACGUUCUUUUUGCCAAACUAGAUGAUGUCUAGGAAUUCGUCUGGGAAUUAUGAUUGUGUAAUUCUGUUGGGUUCUGGAUAGGUAGGGAUUGUCUGAAGAAAGGGGAUUACUUUUGUUACUUUCGGGUUCAAUUACUGUCAUCUGAUUCUUGUAACCCGAUGGUUAAAUUUUCUGCUUUCUGCUUGUAAAUUUUUGCGACGAGUUGCGAAGGUUAUACAUGUGUAACACAAGUUCUUA